CAAGUUACGGUCGCACUUGGUAAAAGUUGUCUCUCGGUUUUGCAAAUGUGUAAAUAAUAGCAAUAAAAAUCAAAACACUAAAGGUGUAAUUACCAUGUAAAAGGCGUGAACGUAACUGAGGCCCAAACGCCACACAAUAGUAACAACAAAAAACUGCCAAAGCUGCUGCUGCACAAAAUUAGCUGUAAGUUGACAAAGAGAGAGGCCCCAACACCCCCUCACGCCACACGCCGAGAUAGUUGUUUUAAGCCGCCGAGCUGGAAGAAGGGGAUAUUACACUGCUUGCCAAACAUACAUAAUUGGGUAAUGCUAAGGCCUGCGCUACAUGUAUAAAAUGUCGUUGGCUGUGUCGCUGCGUCGAGCCUUGCUGGUGCUGCUCUCCGGCGCUAUAUUUAUACUAACCGUAUUAUACUGGAACCAGGGCGUCAUCAAGACGCAGGCAUAUAGCGAAACACAGCUGCGUCCCUAUGCGCAACGAGAGCACAAUCAGUUUCCCAUACCCGUGGAAAAGUCCUGGACAUAUAAAUGCAUGCACGAUCGCUGUGUGCGCGUUAGCUUUAACUACAAGAACACAGCGGAGAGCGGCAAGCGUGUUUCAUUCAUCAGCUGCUCCAUGACCUGUGGCGAUAUUAACAUAUGGCCACAUCCCACCAUCAAGUCGCUGGUCAGCGCCAAGACUUUGCGCUUCAGCGUAGAGGAUGUGCAGCUGCGUCUGGAUACACCGCAUCGUGCAGUGCGCAAGCAGCUCAAACUGGCCUACGAUUGGUUCAUCAAAGACUUGCGGCAAAUUCAGCGUUUGCAGUUUGCCACACAAACAGCUGAAGCGGCGGCGGCGGCGGCAGCAGCAGCAGCAGCGUCAGCGCCUUUAAGUAGCGAACAUACGCCGCCGCCACCAGCACCACCAGCAGCAGCAGCGGAGUCGCUCUUCAGCAACACUUUUGGCGCCUCACAGCGAGCAGGCGACUUGGAUGGUCUGAAGCUAAAGAUAACAGUGCAGGAGUCCAGCGAAAUGGAGUUCAAUUUGGAUAACAAUGAGAGCUAUCAGCUGACAACUACUUUUGAGAAUCGUCGACUGCUGGCGCAUAUUACCGCACACAGUUACUUUGGAGCACGCCAUGGCUUGUCCACGCUGCAGCAGCUCAUCUGGUUCGACGACGAGGAUCGACUGCUGCACACCUACGCCAGCGCCAUGAUAAGCGAUGCGCCCAAGUUUCGUUACCGCGGCCUUAUGCUGGACACAUCACGGCAUUAUUUUUCCAUAGAGUCUAUUAAGCGCACAAUUGCCAGCAUGGGCUUGGCCAAGCUGAAUCGCUUUCAUUGGCAUAUAACAGAUGCGCAGAGUUUUCCGUAUAUAUCGCGGCAUUAUCCAGAGCUGGCGGAGCAUGGCGCCUACUCGGAGCGCGAGACGUAUACGGAGCAGGAUGUGCAUGAGGUGGUGGAGUUUGCCAAAGUGUAUGGCGUGCAGGUCAUAAUGGAAAUUGAUGCACCUGCGCAUGCAGGCAAUGGCUGGGAUUGGGGCCCGAAGCGCGGCCUGGGCGAACUGGCGCUGUGCAUUAAUCAGCAGCCCUGGAGCUUCUACUGCGGCGAGCCGCCAUGCGGACAACUGAAUCCGAAGAAUAACCAUACAUACCUCAUACUUCAGCGUCUAUACGAGGAGUUCCUGCAGCUGACAGGACCCACGGACAUGUUUCAUCUGGGCGGCGAUGAAGUCAAUUUGGAUUGCUGGGCGCAGUAUUUCAACGAUACGGAUCUGCGUGGACUCUGGUGCGACUUUAUGCGACAAUCGCAUGCCAGACUUAAGCUGGCCAAUGGCAACGUUUCGCCCAAGUAUGUGGUGGUGUGGUCCAGUGCGCUGACCAACACCAAGUGUCUUCCAAACAAUCAGUUUGUGGUGCAAGUGUGGGGCGGCAGCACUUGGCAGGAGAACUACGAUCUGCUGGACAAUGGCUUUAAUAUAAUCUUCUCGCAUGUGGAUGCCUGGUAUUUGGACUGUGGCUUUGGCAGCUGGCGCGCCACAGGCGAGGCCGCCUGCUCGCCCUACCGCACCUGGCAGAAUGUCUACAAGCAUCGACCGUGGGAGCGCAUGCAUCUGGACAAGCGGCGACGCAGUCAGGUGCUGGGCGGCGAGGCUUGCAUGUGGACCGAGCAGGUGGACGAGAACCAAUUAGACAAUCGACUGUGGCCGCGUGUGGCGGCGCUGGCCGAACGCCUGUGGUCAGACCCCAAUGACGAGCAUGACUUUGACGUAGUGCCACCGGAGGUGUUCCGCCGCAUUUCGCUGUUUCGCAAUCGCUUGGUGGAGCUCGGCGUCAAGGCGGAGGCGCUGUUUCCCAAGUACUGUGCACAAAAUCCCGGCGAGUGCAUUUGAUAUUUUAUGUAAAUGCGUUUACGUUUAGCCCAGUAUACUCCCCCCGCCACCACCAAUCCCCGCAAUCUCAGUGCGUUAGUUAGUUUCUAAUGUAAUAGUUAUUAUUUUCUACGCCUUAGCCUUAAGCGUCUCAGCAACAAGCAAACCGAAACCAAACUGCAGUUGAGAGGAAUAAGAACUUUUAGCGACCAAAUGGUUUCUCGUCUAACCGAAUUUGUUAUAUGUUUAAUAUACUACUUAUAAUUUUUUAUUAUUAAUCUCACUCUGACACACAAACACACACACGAACUCACACGCAUAAACUAACUAAAAGGCAAAAACAACAGUGAUUAAUAUUUAGCAUACGUAGUAGCUUUUAGUUCAUAUAGACACAUUCACAUUUAAAAGUAAAAAUAACUACGCGUACACUUUUUAGUAACUUAGUUGAUAAAAAGUGAUCUAAACUGAUGAAGCCCACGUUUGAUAUUAAUAUUUUUGAAAAGCUUUAUUUGCAAUGUUUAUUAGCAACAUACACACACACACACACACAGAGACAGA